AUGCGGGUUUUGGCACUGAUUGCAUUCAUUUGCAUAGAGACCAUCAUGGAAUGCUCCCCUUGCAAAGGCCUUUAUUUCUUUGAGUUUGUGAGCUGCAGUGUGUUGGUGGUUACUGGAGUUCUGUUGCUUAUGUUCAGUCUAAAUCUUCACAUAAGAAUACCGCAGAUCAACUGGAAUCUUACUGAUCUGGUCAACACUGGACUCAGCACUUUCUUCUUUUUCAUUGCCUCUGUAGUACUUGCUACUUUAAACCAUAAAACUGGAGCAGAAAUUGCUGCUGUGAUAUUUGGUUUCUUGGCAAUGGCAAUGUAUGCUGUGAACACAUAUUUAGCUAUUAAAAAGUGGCGAGUGAACAGCAGACAACAAAAUAGUGGGCAGACCAGUGAUUCCAUAUGUGCUCGGACAGAGUCCAGAGAAGUGGAUCAUCACCCUGAGAUUCAGCGUCUGGAUGCAUGAAAGUGACAUUCACAUGGGACUGCAAAGGGAAAAGACAUGCUUAACUCCCUCAUGGAAUAAAGGGGUUUGUCUUUAUUUGAGGAAGAAAAGGAAGAUAAGAUGGUGGCAAAGAAUGCCGAGCCCUGCAUAUGUUCAGAGGUGUAUUGAGUCGGAAGCUGUUGUCAUGAAGGCAGUAAAUGUUGGUCAUUCAAAAGCAAGAUCCGUUUAACAUGUCCACCUAUAUAUACACAUAUAUAGCUUAUAUAAUAUAUGUAUAUGCUCUGAAGUAUGUUAUUGUUUUGGAUUAACUGCACAGUACUUUCCUCUCCCAAGUGCAAGUUCUGAAUAUACUUGUUCUGCCACUGUUUCUUCACCUAUUGGAAAACACUAAGACCAGUGCUGCAUUGGUCAGUUAAUAUAAGAAAAGCACCUAAAGGAAAUUUAAUAAAUGCAAAAAGGAAGUGAGGGGCAAAUAGCAAUAACUUUAGCCAUGUUGUUAUGUCCAACAAACUCUCUGUGUCUAUCCUCAUGCAGCCUCAGCAGUACAGGUCAAUUUUUGUCUGCAAGAUCUCCUGCAGUUUCACUGUUGGUGCACUUAUAUAGCUGAAAUGGACAACUGUCUCCCAUUUUUUGUUUGAUGGAUGUAGUGUUGAGGUAGUUACUCUAUGGGUUACUCUGGA